UGCCGUAAACCAUGUCCGGUUUCCAGCUGGGUGUUCCAUGGAAACACAUUCACGUCUUACGUUUUGUUUACAUGCCUGGGGAGCCAACAGCUACGGUCAGCUGGGUCAGAGCCAUGUGGAGGACCAGUGCGUACCGUGGCUCUCUGACAGCUCGGCUCUGCAGGGCAGGACGGUCCGUGUUGUGGACGGAGGAGGGGGUCAUUCUGUGGUUCUCACCGAAAGUGGAGAGGUGUUUGUUUGUGGACAGAAUCACAGAGGCCAGCUGGGACUUGGUCACAGUACUAACGUCCUAACUCUUCAGCUCUGCCCUGUCUUGAAUCACAGAGUCACAAAUGUAGCCUGCGGCUGGGAUUUUACACUUCUUCUCACCGAGUCUGGUCAACUACUUGCAUGUGGUUCUAAUGCAUUUGGACAGUUGGGUGUUGGACAGACAGUCCCACACUCUUCUGAGCUUCUAGCUGUUGAGGCUCUUAAAGAGCCAGUAGUGAGAGCAGCAGCAGGAUUGAGACACUCACUCGCCAUUAGUGCCUCGGGCUCCAUGUAUCAGUGGGGAACUGGUCUUUUUAGUCAUGCUAAGAGAGCGCUCAGUCCCCACCCUGUUCCCUCACAUCUGAACUCCAAACUUCCCUGUCCGGUACCAGGUCUCGGCCAGAGGAAAGCACAGCUUGUAACAGCAGGUUCAGCACACUGUGUGUGUUUAACAGAAGAAGGUGAAUUAUUCCUGUGGGGAUGCAAUAAACAUGGCCAGCUGGCUACAGCAGAGCCCUUCCUGCCCUCUCCCACUCUGCUGCAUCGAUCUCUGCUGAAGGGAGAGAAGGUUACGGGUGUGUGCAGCGGCUGGACGCACGUUGUUGCUCAAACAGAGAGAGGCAGAGUAUUCACAUGGGGGAGAGGAGAUUAUGGACAGCUUGGUCGAUCAGCCUCAGCCAGUGAGGACGCAGAGAUGUUGAUGGGAAUCAAGAAGGAUUGCAUCCCUGUUGAAGUUACAUCCCUCUACGGAGCAACUCAGCAGUCCAGCAGAGGGCGCCAGACGACCAAAGAGAAAACAGUUGCUGUUGUUGAUGUCAAGGGAAAAUUCAUAGUGAUUUCGUGCAUAGAAAAGAUGGAGGUCAUUAUUUAUGCAUCGGACGACAACUGCUUAAUGAAGAUUGUAUGUGGAUCUGAACACAACCUUGCCAUUGUAGGGGGGCGCCUCCUGUCGUGGGGCUGGAACGAGCACGGGAUGUGUGGGGACGGUUCGCAGGCAGACGUCUUUCAUCCUCGGCUCGUUUCUGAUCUCAGGCCUGUUCUCAUUGGUUGUGGUGCUGGACACUCGAUGGCGGUGUGUGGUGUGACGACGAGUUCAACACAGAAUUCUGUCCACACUUGGGAAGAACUGGAGCCCAAGCAAAGUUCCCCUUUCUCUGAGUAAUAGGUUUUGCAUUUUAAAAAAACUACCUCAGCUACUUGAUAAAGUGUUCAUGAUUGGUCUACUUAAACACGGUUUUAUAUGGUUUGGAAGACGCUGUAAUUUUUUACGUUGAUGAGCAAAUGGCAGUGUCUGUUCAUUCAUCAUGUAAAAGCUGCUGGAUUGCUUUGCAUCCAGCAGAAAUGGAAAAAAAAUCCAGAAAAUCACUAUUUAUGCAUCAAACCAUAAGACCAUAAUCUAUUUUUUAAUAGCAAAAAAUGUGUAUUAAGAGUCUAUGCUGGUGGGUUGUAUUUACAGAUCAAAAAGGAUGAAGAGUGUGUUUCAAUUUGGAUACAGUUGAUAAUUAGGAGUAUUUAAUCUGCCAAUCAAGGAGAGAUGACCCAGUUCCAGUCUCUUAAUUAUUGAUUGAUUGAUUGAUUGAUUGAUGAAAUGGAUCUCUGCAAUUUAUGCCUCCAAAAAUCUAUUUGUUACAUUUCAGAUUUAUCAUACCAAAUUUCCUGUUUAUCAUUGGCUUGAUUUGAAUCUUUUUUUAGUCAUUUGUUUGUUGAUUUGCAUUAGUGUAUUUGUGGAAAUUUGUAUAUUAUUUAUGUUUUG